AUGGAGGACUCUGAGAAGAAGUUAAAUCAAAAAAGUGACGACAAACCUCGGAAAGUACGAUUCAAAAUCUCCUCUUCCUACAGCGGUCGAGUCUUGAAGCAGGUCUUUGAAGAUGGGCAGGAAUUAGAAUCGCCCAAAGAGGAGUACCCUCACAGCUUUCUCCAGGAAGCUCUUGAACCCAUGGAUGGUGUUUACGGGUCUGGGGAGCCUCCCAAGCCCCCGCUAUACUCCCCAAAGCUGACUGCCCAGAAGAUCAGCGUGUUCAGAGAGGGCAAGACCUACACACUAGCAGGCAGCCAGCCUCUGUUCAAUGACUACAAGACAAAUGACCAUAAGCCCCCACCUAUUAUAGAUUUUGGAAAGAUCAUCAUCUACACGAACAACCUGAAAAUAAUUCGAACCCCAAUGGACAAGAGAGACUUCAUGAGGAAAAUUCUCCAGAAGGAAGAGGAGGCUGAGGAGGAGUCUCUGAUGAGCAAAGAAGAAAGCUAUGGGGAUGAGGACCAAAGCGACGGACCUUUGCUGGAGACGGAAAGUGCAUUUCCCCAUAGCCAGUACACACAGGAAGGGGAGCUUCCUGAGGAGAACUGUCUUCACUGCCGAGGGUCGGGCAGUGCCACCUGCACUCUGUGCCAUGGCAGCAAGUUCUCAAUGCUGGCCAACAGAUUUAAGGAGUCCUACCGAGCCCUGAGGUGUCCUGCCUGCAAUGAGAAUGGCCUACAGCCUUGCCACAUUUGCAACCAAUAGCUGUGGUUUUCUUGUACUGGCUUACUUUUCCUUUACCAUUCUCCCCCAAAUUAUUCCUAAUAAAAUACCCUCUCCUCCGCCUCUCUCAGCAAGGAGUCCCUGCAGCUGCAAACCAUUCCACCACUAGCAAAACUCAAUUACUUCAUGAC